GCCUUGGUUUCUGCAGCCAUAUACUAAUCUCGUGAUAUCUUCAAAAGAACACAAGCCAAGCUCCUUCCUUUCAAUCCCUGGAGCGAUCACACAAACACAAUCUCACCAUGGAGAAGAUCAAGAACCUCCUUCACCCUCACGGCAGUGACAAGGACCGUGAGACCGCCGGCGGUGUUACUCACGACAACAAGGGCACAACUGGCACAGCUGCGCAGUCGCGCACAGGUACCUCUGGAACUACGUCUGCAACUACUACAUCUGGGCACCAGGCCACACCCAUCUAUGACCAGAUGACUGGACAUGGCAACACAUCCUCCACAACUGGCGAGACUCUCAGAUUCUCCAACAGCCCCAAUGUCGGCGCUGGCACUGGUACCGGCACCUCCACAUCGACUGGUCUCGGUGAGGAGAGGCAUGCCGGCCAUGUUGGUACCGAUGGGCCAAUUGGCGGUGCUCGUGUAGCUGGCACACCUGGCGACACCUCUCACCUUGGAGACAGCUCUCGUCAUGGCGACAAUUCGCGCCCACAGGUUAGCAGUGGCGCCUACGACGGUAACAGCGAGGCAAGCAUCAAGUCUGGCGUGAUUGGCUUCGCACCAGGCAGUGGUGGUCAGGGUCAUGCUGCAUUGCCCAGCAACAGCUCUGCUGAGGACAGACUUGAUCGCAACCAGGUUGUCGGUCAGGGAAACACUGGCACAAACACUGGCUCUGGGCUCAGAAAUGAGACUACCCACGAGCAACCGGGCACAUUCCCUGUUUCAUCAGGUACUGGUAACCACAGCAGCUCUACUCAACAACCGCAUGCCUCCAGCCGCACCAACGAUACUGACCGCUCAUUCCCUCUAUCUGGAGGUGUCACAUCAGGACACCACGACCACAGCUCCACCAGUCAUGGUACCCACGACACUCACGGAACUCACAGUCUGAACACCAACGAACGUGAGCUUGGUACCAAGGAGCGCGAGCUCGCUGGCGGUGAUCACCAUGGCCGUGAAGGCCUGGCUGGCGCUGCUGUGACUGCUGCAGACACAGCUGCCGCUGCACAUAGCCAUCAUAAUGAAGACCGUGAUCCCCAAGUGGGCACCUUCAGUGACCGAGUCGCGUCGCCUACGGGACACUCUCACCUGACUUCAAGCGUCCGAGAGCACAACAUUCACCCCGAUGCUCUGCAUGCGGCAGGUGCGCGCCCUCUGAACGAGUCAAAUGAGCCUGGCCAUGGACCUCCAAACGAGACUCCUCAUAUCAACACUGGCACUCUUCUCGACUAUGAGAAGGCUUUCGGCAGCGAUCCGCACACGAAACACACGGGACUUCUGGACUACCGUCCGCAGGCCCACAGAACAGGCACAAGCCCUCACAUUCCUGGCGAGUUCCCUGGCGCAACUCCUGAGAACGAGCGACCCACGCCCAUCCUUGGAGGCGCAGGUACGACGUCAGGAACUACCUCAACUGGCGCUUCGACCUCUCUCGACCCCCGCCACCCUGGAUCUCUUAACGAUCCUUCCUCGAGGUCCACCGAGUCAUCUGGUCACCAUCUUGGACGCGACGCAGCGAUCGCUGGUGGAGUAGGCGCUGCAGGUCUGGGCGCAGCCACUCACCACAAACAUGAGACUAUAUCCUCCGGCAGCGGCAACCUAUACGACGAGAAGAACCCUUACAGCUCCAAAACUCUUGAUCCUCGCGUCACUGGCGGCGAGGCUCGUCUUGAUGAUCAUAUAUUGGAUCCUUCAGCAACUUUGUCCGCAUCCAGGUCUCAGCCUCUUUCCGGCUCAUCUGCACCUUUCCCCCCACCCAAGGCAGAAGAGGGACAGCACCACUACGGCCGUGAUGCUGCUAUUGGUGGAGGUGCUCUUGGUGCAGGCGCUCUUGUUGGCAGUGCCCUCUCUGGUGACAGGCACCAUGACGCUACCUUACGGGACUCCUCAUCUCUGCCCGCCACCCAGCACACAUCUGGCACCACUAACCCAAGCACUGUCGGCACUACGUCGACCCCACACCAGUUGCCGUCCACCUCAGCAAGUACCUCGAGCCAACCCACAGGCACCCACGGCGAGCCUCAGCCUCAGCACCACUAUGGACGUGACGCAGGCCUCACCGGAGCUGGAGCUGCUGCUGCAAGCGGUCUGGCAUACUCUGGUUCCCAUGAUCAGCCUACUGGUCAGCGCACUGUCGGCUCCACUACUGAAGAUCCUGCUUCGAAGACUAUCGGACCUCACAAGAGCAACAUUGCUAACAUCCUCGACCCUCGCGUGCAGCCCGAUCCGGCGAAACAGAAAGACCACACCACAACCGGCCCUCACCAGUCUGAUACCUUUAACCGUGCCGAUCCCCGGGUUGACGACAAGGCUGGCCAGCACCACUACGGCCGAGACGCUGCAGUCGCUGGAGGCGCUGGAGCUGCAGGCUAUGGUGCGUACGAAGCCGCUAAGGCUUAUGGUGAUCACCGUAGCACACAGCCAGGAGCUUCGAUGCAGGAGCAACGAUACGAUCCCACUGCUGCUGGUGCUCGUGCGUCUAACCCUGUUCCUGCGACUUCCGAGUACAACUACCACAACCCUGACGUCGCCGCUCUCGCAAGUGCGACCGGUGCCGGCGCUCCGGGACACCACAGCUCAACUCACGGCCAGACUCAGCAGCCCUACACUACAGCCCAGUUGGCCCAGUCAGUCAGUUCCCAGCCGCCUCAAGCCUACAAGGCCCCUGAAAUCGAUAACAGCGAUCUUGGUCCCAGGGACAAUAGCUCACGCAACGCUGCUCUCGGCGCUGGAGCUGGUCUAGCUGGAGCCACCGCUGCAGGAUACGGAUUGUCACACCACAAUGACAAGACCCAGCACACCUUUACCCCCGGAGCUUCCACUCAGCCAGGCUCCUCUUCGCUGCCCCAGCCGACCGGUUCUUUGAACCAGGGACAGCAGUACCCUUACAACACGGACCCCAGCCAGUCUCACACCAGCCGCGAUGCUGAUCUUGCGGGCGGUGCUGGUACUGCAGCUGGUGCCGGAGCUGGCUACGCCUAUGGUCAGCGCACCCAACCCCAGUUCGACCCUAAGGAGCAAGAGAGGCUCGACAAGGAGACUGCUAAGCACCAGCAUGACCUUGAGAACAAGCACGAUAAGGAGGUCCACAAGCUCGAGAAGAAGCACGAAAAGGACCUGAAGAAGCACGAGAAGGAGGCUGCUCACCACGACGAGAAGGAGAAGAGCGGCGGCCUCUUGGGUUUCCUGCACCGCAGCAAGUCCAAGAAGGAGCCUAGCCCAGAGUCUACUCCUCGCCGCUCCGAUGAGCACCACUACGGUCAUGAUGCCGCUGUUGCUGGCGGUGUAGGUGCUGGUGCUUCUGGUCUUGUAGAGCAUGAACGCGAUGAUAAGUUUGGUCACGGCUCCGGCUACAAGGGCAAGAACCUCCUGCACAAGGACCCUCCUGCCGGUCACCCAGCAAACGAGGCUCUUCACACCAACAAUCGUGUUGGUGUCGAUGGACCUAUUGGCACUACUCGCACUGAGACCACUGGCCGCACAGGCGAGCACCACUACGGCCGUGACGCUGCCAUCGGCGGCGGCGCCCUUGGUGCUGGCGGUCUUGCCGCACACGAGCUCCACGACAAGCGCACUGAUCCUACCUCUACCACCGUGGGCUACACCGAAACUGGUCUUGCUGGCUCUCAGCAGGCCACUAUCCCUGGCAACGCCACCUCUGGCUCUGCUGUCGGAAACCGUGACCAGCACACCCCCGCCCACAACGCCUUCACUGGCGGUAAGCGCGAGCACAUCGGUGUCGACGGCCCCAUUGGCGACCCAAACAUGAUUUCUGGUGACCGGUAAGCUCCCCUUUUCCCAAAUUCUUACAUACCGCACAACGACUAACAUUAUCCAGCCAAACUGGCAAGGGCGUCUACGGCGCACACCCCGUCGAAGACCUCGCCGAAGACCGCACCGUCAUCGAGCCUCGCACCGGUCUUCCCAUGAACGUUGGCCGCUACGGCGACGGUGCUGGCGGUACUGACGGCGGGCCAAUUGGUCAUCACCACCAUGAGACUGUCCCCGGACAAGUUCAGCCUGGUAUUGCGGAUACUGAGCACGCGACGACGAACUGGGAGGAUAUCAAUAAGAAGAAUACUAUUUACUGAGUGAUAAUAAAAAGUGGAUGAAUGAGGGGGAUAUGAAUUGAGUGGAUGUGGAAAGGUUAAAUGAUUGAAAUGGUUACGAUCACUACAUAUACCUUUGCGAUUGAAUCGCUGCUAUUGACUGCUAAUGUCUGAAUGAACAUAUUUACUACAUACUAG